AAACAGAGUUAGGACAAAGUUUGACUGUGCGCUUCAAAAUAAAAUUAAUAUUUACGGGGUUGUGCGACUGAGGCUGGCGACUGAGGCGCCGAUGCUGCGUUCGUCGUCUUCGCUCCUUCGCGGCAAGCGCUCAUCGACAGUGCAGCCUGCUCCUACCUCCAAUCAAGGAUCCGCUGCGAAUGAGGAUGACAGCGUUGAUGCGCAAAUCAUGCUCAGCUACCGUAAACCUGAAACCGGCGCGGGGGGCGACAAUAUGGUUUUCGUGAUUAAGUCAUAUCUGCAAUCAAAGGGCUACACCGUCUUCGUGGGUGAAAACAAGUUACAAGGAGGCCAGCUGUGGGGCCAGGAAAUCCAGGCCGCAGUCAUCAACUGCGAGGUCUUCAUUGCCCUCUGUUCCCCCAGCUACGGCUCCUCACCUUGGACCUUCCGUGAGUUCCAACUUGCUGACAACAAGGAGAAGUGCAUCCUGCCCAUCUGGCACAGCGGGCCCUACCCGCCUCCCGCUCUCGAAAUCUUCCUGAGUGGCGUGCAACGUGUGCCCCAGGGAGACAACCCGCUAGUGGACAGUGACUUUGAGGCGUGCAUGCAGGAAGUCCUCACCUGCCUCAAGCGAAUGGGAAGCGAGCCGUCACAGCAACGGCGCCCACAGCAGCAGCCGAACCCGCCGCCACCGCCGAAGCUGAAGCUGCCGCCACCGCCGAAGCCGGAGCCGCCGCCACCGCCGAAGCCGGAGCCGCCGCCACCGCCGAAGCCGAAGCCGCCGCCGCCGCCGCAGCCACAGCAGCAUCAGCAGCAGGUGCAGGUGCAGCAGAACCUGCAAAUUGUUUUGUCAGAUCGGCCAACCCUAGUGCAACAGCUGCCAGGUCCAGCGCCACUACAGCUACCUGAACCGGUCAAGGCAGGGUUCGAGGAGCAACAGCAGGUGGUAAUCGGGCAACCGUACGAAGAGCUCAAGCAGGAGAAUCCAAGUCCUCCAGCCAGUUGCUGCAAAAAGACCGUAAUAACAAUCGUAGUAAUACUGGUUCUUAUCAUCGUCAUCUCUGUAGCAUCGACCGCUGCGGAUUCGUGAAGAGCGUAAGGGGGUUGAAUGUAUGCAUGCAUGUUCGGCCCUGCAGGUCUGCCGCCGCAGUGGAGCCCGUAGUGUGUUGCCGCCGGGGCCCUAGGUGCCUGCGAUGAGGAGCCCUGGGUUGUCCCGCCGAACCAGCUCCUCUUUCAGUAAUCUGCCCUGCACGCUCCAUGCUGUAGUGGGCGGUGUAUGUUGCUUGUCGGGUGUUGGAACGCACUGUGGCUGCGGGGCAGUGUGUGGCGUAUGUGGAGGCGUGUGUUACUUAACCGGCAUGUGCAUGGCCAGAUAGGCCUUGCUGGCAGAUGGCCCUGCUGGCGGCGUAAUCGACCUUGCCGUGCAUGCAGCAGGGGUCGCCUUUUAUGCAUGCGGGAUCUCGGAUUUUGGAGGUAACACCCGUACGUGAUGCUGUGAGGAAGUAGCUCUGGGUGCGUGCCACGUAUCGGUAGCGGCCAUGCGUCUUGUGGGGUUAGAGUGGUGGCAGCAGGGGGCUCUAUUAGGAGCCUGCACCCCCGGUUGUUAUUGAGGUCCCUGGCGCGCUCUUGAUGGUGGACAGCUUGCCGGAAGGCAUGCGGCAAGUAGGGCAUCCGUACACGUACAAGGUGUCGAUGCGGAGGCUCCUGUUGCCCAGCUUAUGAGGACAGAGCGUUGUUGUGUAGAGUGCCCUGCUGGUGGUGAUGCGGUGCCGGUCCCUCUUCUGCCUCGGUUUUCUAGUCCGGCCAGGAUGCCUCUGCCCUUUGCACCCUGCCUAGGCGUCAAGUUCUGUUGCUGUCGCCUGAGACUUGAGCUAUGAGACCUUGAUACGCGAUGUGCCCGCGGCUUGGGUACGGCAGCGGAGGUGUCCCUUACUUGUUGAUUACUUGGCGCCUUAACCUCCGCCGGCAGCUGAAGAAGUUGCGUGGCAAGUUUUGGUUCCGGGUUUGAGGUGGCAUGUACGUUUUAUUGGACGGAAACGAGUCUUUCUAGGAGUCUUUCUCUUCGGCCACUGUGCUUCAGCUUGCCAGUGUUUCAGUAUUGUUUUGCGUUGCGUGAGGCCUACAUCCCGUAGGCCUUCGAGUUACAUGGUGCGCAAGAGCCUCCUGAAGAAUUUUUCAUCAGUGCCGUUGUAGAAUUCAGGUCCUUGAAAGAAAUCCUUAUGAUAGCUAUUCAUUGUUGGUGGGAAUUCCUUGCUGACAGUACCCGCAUGUCACGUGCUCGUCCUGAGAGCGAGCUGUGGCUGUGGGUCUGUACUCUGUUCGAAGUAAAUGAAUGACCGUUACAGGCAUUACAGCUCGGAAGCCACGGUAAAACGGGCGUUGGGGGGGGACACCUGGGUACUCGGGGCGUCUCGCCCCACGUCUGCUGCAGUAUUCAUGGGCUUGCCCCGUUGCGUGUGUUGUGGUUGGUCAACUUGCUAAGGAUAAGAGUAGUUAAAUGUGAUGGUCAUGCGGGCUGCUUUGUGGGGGAAUAGCCACACCCUUCCAUGCAUGUGUGUGCAGUAAUGCGUUUGGGAUGUUUGGACUUGGCCGGCUUGGUUGAAUGGUUGACCGUUAUCAUAGUUUACUUGAAGGGAACACGUACGCCUUGUCUGCUGUGGAGAAAGGAUCGGAAUUGUUUGCGGACCAGUGUGCACGAGUCCGGCGUUGCGGGGUUAGUUGCGCCUGGGUUGCUCGUCAGGCUGGCCUGUCUGCGGUGUCUUGAUUUUGGAGUCGGCUUCACGCGACUCUGGUUUCCAGUGGGAAUGUGCUGGGGUUGGCCCUAGGCGGGGUAGUUUUAGACCCUGGGUUUAGUUAAAUAAUGCUCUAGGAACGUAGGUGGGGCUGCCCUGCUGGGCACCUCUGGAGUUUCUGGAUAUUAUUGCUGAUAGUUUAUUACUGUCUUCUCUGUUGGGGCCUUACCUUUUAAGGCGGUGGUAUAGUAUUUUCUCUGGUUAGUUAGGUUCUGGUUGCUUGCGGAGUCCUUGG